AUGCCCGACAGAAAGACGGGAUUUGGCAUCCGAACGCCAGGGAUAGAGGCUGGGCUGUUAAAGAGAGAUUAUAAAGCCUACUUUAUUGAGCUUCUGUUAUUAAGUCGGGCGCUCAACUGGGGACUUCCCCUGCAUCCCCACCAGCUGGAAAGUGGAUCAACGGAGAUAAACAUCCAGUUGUCUGUUUCUGUUCCAACAUUUGGCAAGAUUCCUUGGCUUAGUGAGGCCAGCCUCAUAAACAAGCCAUUAGUGCUCAGCAUCCCCAAAAGAUAUCCUCAUGCCUCUGCCACUUUUCUGAUUUCAUCCAAGAAGGAUAGGAAUUUGCCUAUUUUGUUUCAAGUUCCAGAUGUCUUAUCUAAGGCCAGGAGGAUCCAGAGUAACCCCAUGCUCAUCAGAAACAAGCAGCUGUGCUCCACAUGUCAAGAAAUAAAAAUGGUACAACCAAGAACUAUGAUAAUCCCUCAUAAUCUGAAACUAUCCUUUGAGAAUUUUAUGAAUCAUAGAACGAUGAGUCUUCCUCCACCAAAAGCCCAGACUGUAUCCAAAUGUUCCCAUAAUGACAUCUCAACAGAGAGUAUUCACUACAGACUGCCCAUUCUGGGCCCCAGGACAGCUGUCUUCCACGGACUGUUGGCAGAUACCUACGCAACUCUGCAGGACACACAACUCUCUUCCUUGCCCAGAAAGGAGCCAAAGGGCAAGACAAUGAGGCAGUGAGUGGUCAGAGCUCACUGUGGAGCUUCACCUUCCAGACUCACAGAGAGAAAACAAGUUAACCAAGCCAGUUUCAGGCAUAUUAGCCUAAUUCCCUCCUGUCACCAAAAAGGUGACUCACUUUUGCCUUCUUGUAAUUGCUCGAAUUCUAGCUUUUGCCAUUGUCUUCUCACUCAUUUUCCUAAAGACAAGU